AUGGACGACGACGACUCCUACGUCCCGCACAUCAUCGACUCCGACAUGGGAGUAGAGUCCUGGCCCACCGAGCAACACAUGUACGACCAGGGCAUCAAUCCUGAGCCGAACUACGACUACACCGAAUUCCUCAACGCAGAGGCCUUCGUCUCCUCGCCCACCCCGGGCGGCCAGCCCGCCUUGGCGGGCUUCGCAUCGCCCGCCAAACCCUUCCCCUCCCGCAGCGAGCAGACAUCUGCGCCGCUGCAGUCACAAUCUACCUUACAGCCGCGUUCGCACAUGUCUUCGUCGCCCGACAGCUCGAGUCAAGAUUCCGCUUCCGAGACGUCCGGCCGGCGCAAGCGCAAGAUGACCUCGUCUGACUCCUCGCCCUCCGCGCUCUUCGACCCCAUGGACAACCACAUGGACAGCUACAUGGAUGACUGGCCGAAGGACCACAUAGCCGCCUUGGAAGCUUCCUCCGACGGCAACGACUCCAUGUUCGUCAAGCGAGAGCCCCAUGAUUUUCUCGACCUCGAGCACGACGUAGAUUCGCUUGGCAAGACCAUGGCGUCGCACUUCGAUGUUGGUAGUACCGACAACAGCCCGGCCGUCUUCACUUUUAACAACUCGCCCGGCCAGACAAUCGCGCCCUCAAAUUUGGAACAGCACUCGUUUGAAAGCCGGACCAUCGCUCAGCGAAAUGCCACUGCCAAAGACUCUGGCUUCUUCAUUGGGUCUCGCGACCCUUCGCCCAUGUCUGGCAUGAGUGGAAGUCAGGGCGCCUCGCCGUCCGUUAUGUUUGAAGGCCAAUCGCCGGCAGCCUUUAACGCAGACGUGUUUCAAACCAUGCCUGUUUGGAAUAGCCAAGGCAACAAUUCAACCUUCCAGACCCCCUCUUGGCAGAACGAGCUCUCGCCGACUCAGCCAAACCUAUCAUUUCCUACCGGCGACGCCCUCGUGUUCUCGAAUGUCAUGCCCGGCGGGCGACCCCGGACCAUCCUAUACAUCCACCAGGACGGGAACAAGUCGCGAGUCGAAACGCAGAUCAAUAUCAGGAUGACUUUGGAUCCUCUACCGCCCGGAGUUACGAAGCUCCAUCUUCCCACACACACCAUUUCAAAGCCUAAACUGUUAGCAAAGGACAUCGUCAAGGCCGCCGACACAUUAGAGCUUCAUACGUCACUUGUAUGCGCAAGUGCCAUGGAAAAGCCUGAGUUGCGGGAUCGCGCCUUAAAAAGAGCAGCGGGUUCCGAAUCAAACGCACGGAAAAGCAAGCCACGGCGGCCUUCUCAGGGCGACAUGGCGGAUGACGAUCCUGAUGACCCAAACAAGCCUGCCAAUGGCGGAGAGGUGCGCAUAUGUCAGAACUGUGUCCAGCGUGAGCGAAAGCGUGCUGCUCGCAAGAGAGUGAAGAAGCAGGAAGACGAGGAGGCAUGGGCAGAAUACGAGUAUGAACGAGUAAUCGUGUUCAACGACAAGGAAUACAAGGACUGGGGGCCUCCCCAGCCCCCCAAGCAAGCCAACGAACAGGUUGCCAGCGAACCGGUGUUCCCGCCCACCGCAAUGCAAGUAGAGGUGCCCAUGCGCAUUGCUUGCUAUUGUCGCCACCAGGGCGAGAAAAACGGUUUCCGGGUGAUCUUCACCAUGAAGGACUAUCAGGGCAAGAUAAUCGCGCAAUCGAUGACGAACCCAAUUCUUAUCACAGACGAUCACAAGACGCAAGGAGGAAUUCCUUCCACCACUGGAAUGCCUACGGAGCCGACUCAGCCGUUCAACCCGCCCCUGCUUCCUCCAGCAGAGCAGCCCGAUUUGCAAUCCAUUUCGCAUCGCAGGCCGUACCACUCCACCAAUGACCUGCAGGCCUUCCAGAGCAACUGGACAGGUUCCAGGAACAUCUCCAGGCCGUCCAACAUGCCGUCGCAGGCCACAUCGGCGGCCAUGACUCCCAAAAAUCUUUCGCGUCAGACGUCGCCGGUGGCUACGCAGACGGGCCCCAACAAGAAGCGAAAAUCGAGUUCUGCCCACCAUCACAAAAUUACCAGAGAACUCACCAUGACCACGAUAAAUCGUGUCAACAAUCCGCCAAGCCCUGGGACAACCGCAGAAGCCAUGGUAAUGGCAACCACCAUGCCUCCUACGUCCGUGCCUCAGAGCAAUGUGUACACGACUGCAAACGACUCUCAAUUCAGAAUGCAGCCCCUCAAUAUUCCUCCUUACCCUUCUGGCCCAUCCACUCCUGGCAGCAACGGCGGUCUUGUUACCCCUAGUCAGCGCGCUGGAAGCAUGGACGCUGUGGGUGGCAGUAGCUACAGUUUCUACUCUGUGCCAAACUCGGCACACCACAGCCGUGCUCCAAGCCCAUCCCUUGGGAGGCAGUCGAUGGGUGCUUACAACCCAGCAUCAAUCCCGCCGAGCGUUGUUGGAAAUCCCAUGAGCCUGAUGCAGUCGCAGAUGGACUCGCCCACUCAGGUUCCGGCUCCUGCGAUCUACAAGGUCACUCCUAGCGAGUAUUCCAAGUCUGGAGGGAUCGAAAUCUCGAUCCUCGGGUCGAAUUUCUCCAGAGAUAUGGAAAUCUAUUUCGGCGACGUGAUCGCUACUACCACUACCUACUGGAACAGCCAGCUUCUGGUCAGCCUGUUGCCUCCAUCUCCGAAUGCCGGUAUCGUCCCUGUGACUAUCCGGAUGAACAACGGAUACACUCCACCACCUGGACCUGGCCCGGGUGUCCACUUCAAGUACGUGGAUGACGAAGACCAACGCAUCUGUGAGAUGGCCUUGCGAAUUCUCUGCCAGAAGCAAAACGGCACUACGAAGGCGGACGACUACCAUAGCUUCGCGCGUCACGUGGUAAACAUGGCUACCAGCGGUUGGACUCAGAACGGCAGCAACAUGCAGCAAAGGGGUUCUGGAUUCGAUGCGGACGCUCCGCCAAUGGACACAGAGGAAAUGUUGCUCCGGUGCUUGGACUUGGUCGACAUGGACGACAGUCCCCACCCACCACGCUUUAAUAUGAAGAACAAGACUGGAGCCACAUUCCUGUCGCUGGCCUGCAGUCUGGGAUAUGGUCGCGUCGUCGCGGGCCUCCUCGCGAGAGGUGCCAACCCUGAUACUCGCGACCGUGGAGGUUACACUCCUCUGAUGAUGGCGGCCAUGCACGGCCACUCGCAGAUUGUGCGUCGUCUGAUCCUCAAGGGCGCUGACCCGAUGAUGCGUAGCCUCCAAGGAUAUCUGGCAUCUGACUUGGCUACUUCUGAGGAGGUCCUCAACGCACUCCAGCGAGUCAGGUCGCACAGGCGGACACGCAGCGCUGGUUCCGUGACGUUCUCGAUGCGCAGCAGGGCAAGCAGUAUCGCUUCUACCCACUCUAUGUGGGAGUCAUCUUCGCCCAGCUACGUCAGUGAAGUUGAAGCCGACUACGAAGACGAAGGGGAAGAGUCCGAGGAACCAGAGGAGAGCCCGUCAGCUCCUGCCUGGGUAGCUUCGCGUCGCGGUAGCACGAAGGAUAUUCGGCCUCUGCCUCCGACUAACCGGCAGAACCAGCCAGCAAUGCCUGUUGUAGCUGCUAUGAAUGCCUGGAGAGAGAACCUGUCUGCUCAAAUUAACUACUUUCAGCAGAACAUGCACUGGAACCUUCCGAACCUGCAGCUUCCUGCUCUUCCGCCUCUACCGAACCUUCCCGGUUACCAGGGCCACCCCAUGAUGCGCCGCAUCAGCUCGCUUGUACCGCACCGCAGUCCUCCGCGCACGCCGUCAUCCUCUGGUGACGAGACCGCAACACCGUCAGGAUCGAGCAGCAAUGAUUACAAAUGGAAGGAUUUGUUCACUACACCAGCGGCUCCUCCGGCGUAUGAGGAAAUCUAUCCGGAGAACGUGGACAAGGAUACGGAUGUCAAGAAGAUGUCGGUGGCUCAAGCUGCCGCUGACCAUCUUCUCGACCAGGCUUGCGCUGAGCAGUUCGAUACCGAGGCUGAGAGCUCGAGCCAAGCGACCAAGAGCAGCCUCAAUGUCGAGCUUGGCAAGAAGAGUCUUACCAAGGAAGAGCAGGAGCAGGUUAGGAGAGCCCAUGCGCAGAAGCUCAAGCGCAUCAGGAGCGACCGCAACCUGUUCUUUGUCUGGAUUCCCCUGCUGCUCAUCAUUUUGUGCGCAAUGCUGCGGAGCAGGCUUCCGCAGCUAUGGGCCGCUGCCUCUGCCUUCUUUGGCGCAGUGCAGGAGCGCACGACUCCCGGCCGCAUUGUCGAGGUUGCUUAA